GCUGGGGACGCUGCGGAUUGGAGUUACCGAAACAUUCGCUCUUUUUCUACUGCCUAAAUAUGGACAUCGCCAGGGACGUGCUGAAUUUCGGUGCUGGACCUGCCAAGCUCCCACCAUCGGUUUUGCUUGAAGCGCAGAAAGAAAUGAUUGACUACAAAGGUCUUGGCAUCAGUGUUCUAGAAAUGAGCCAUCGAUCAUCUGAUUUUACAAAGAUUAUGAACACCACAGAAGUCUGCUUACGUGAAUUGUUGGAUAUUCCAGACAACUACAAAGUGCUCUUUCUCCAAGGAGGUGGAAGUGGACAGUUUAGUGCAAUUCCCCUUAAUCUUAUUGGUUUAAAGGAUUCCAAAAGUGCAGACUAUGUGGUUACUGGAGCUUGGUCUGCAAAGGCAGCUAAAGAGGCAGAGAAAUAUGGAAACGUAAACAUUGUUCAUCCAAAGCUUGGAAGUUACACAGAGAUUCCGGAUCCAAGUAGCUGGAAUCUCAACCCGGAAGCUUCAUACGUGUAUUACUGUGCUAAUGAGACCGUCCAUGGUGUGGAGUUCCAGAAAGUUCCUGAUGUUAAAGGAGCAGUUCUAGUCUGUGACAUGUCCUCAAAUUUCCUUUCUAAACCAGUUGAUGUUUCUAAGUUUGGUCUGAUAUUUGCUGGAGCUCAAAAAAAUGUUGGCUGUGCUGGGGUGACAGUAGCCAUUGUACGAGAGGAUUUGCUGGGUUACGCUCUGAAAGAAUGCCCAACAGUUCUGGAUUAUAAAAUCCAAGCAGGAAAUGGUUCCUUAUAUAAUACACCUCCAUGUUUCAGCAUCUAUAUAAUGGGACUUGUGUUAGAGUGGAUUAAGAAUAAUGGAGGUGCUGUAUCUAUGGAGAAGUUAAGCAUCAUCAAAUCGAAUAUGAUUUACAACAUUAUUGAUGAAUCCAAUGGAUUAUUUGUAUGCCCAGUGGAAGCAAAGAGUAGAAGCAGAAUGAAUAUUCCUUUCCGUAUCGGAAAUAUUAAUGGGGACAGUGAUUUGGAGAAACAGUUCCUUGCCAGAGCUGCAGAACUUGGAAUGAUGUCUCUGAAAGGCCACAGGUCUGUGGGAGGCAUAAGGGCUUCUCUGUACAAUGCUGUUACUGUGGAAGAUGUGCAAAAGCUUGCAGACUUUAUGACGUCCUUCCAGGAAUUGCACCAGUAAUGGGCUCAAGCAGUAUUAUUUCAAGCUUCACCAUCAUGACAGCUGUAAUAAAAUAGCACUUACUAAUAAGCUGUUCAUAGUUUAUACAGUA